AUGGAGCGGGAGCGCGGCGCGUCGGCGGCGCUGUGGGGGCACGUGCACCUCCCACUGCUGGCGCGCGCGGGGUCCAAGGAGUCGGUCGAGUACAUCCUGCAGGCGCUCUGGCGCACGCGCCGCACGGGCCUCGACGCCGCCGACCGCACCGUCGCCCGCGACGCCCUCCAGCUCGCCUCCGACGCCGAGCUCGACCCCCUGCUGGUGUGCCUGAGGAUACUGAUCAGGCGGUGCGUCAACGAGAACGUCGCCAAGGACGACAUCCCCAAGCUCUUCCCCGAGGAGGUGCCUCCCGAGCUGCAGAAGCUGCUCACCUUGCUGCUGCAGAAGUUCCAGCCGGAGUGGCAGCAGGAUGUCGCCAAGGAUCAGGAAUCCGCGCGGCAUUCUAGCGCUGCAGAAUGUCAGUUGAACCAAAAUGGAGACACAUCAGAGCAUCCAGGUGCUGCUAAUGCAGAGCUUCAGAACGGUGCCGCACCUGUUAAGGAUUCUGUAGAAUCAUCAGGGCAGAAAGAAGUGAAGAAGUCUCCAUUAGCUAAGGAUUCUUUGGACAAAAUGCUGAAGGACUUGUUCUCAACCAAGGACCAAAUGGCAACUGAUGGCAGUAACACCGGUCACGAUGAGGUAGCUGGAAGCACUUUUAGAAGUUACAAAUGGGACGGCAUUUAG